AUCUGUCACUUUGUAUCGACGAUUAAAAGUCAUGAUUUGAUAACCACAUAGGAAUAUCGUUAUUUCUGUGUUACGUUUGUUUACCCUAUGGGGCACAGUUCCUGUAAAUUCUUCUCUCGUUCAAAAAUAUUAGGUAUAAAUAUAGAUAAACGAAUAGCGUACCUACCAAGUUUUGUGUAAGAAGGAAACAGUGUUUACAAGUAUUUUUAUUUGGUAGGUUCAACCACAGAACACAGAUUAAGGAGAUUUUCAUGACCACAACUAAAUAUACUUUUGAAAACAUUCUUCUGUGCAAAUAUUUGGCCUCUUGAAGCGGAUGACUUACGUGAUCCUCAUCUCUUAGAUAUUUACAAAGCAGAGAUGGCGUACGGCAUAGAGAGGUUUUUCCUUCUAUCCUAUUGUCUGGCGUGUUGCUGGCCGGUUUUUGGCGCUAGGAACAGUAUGAGGAUAGUGAAGCAAUGGUCUGAUCUACCAUACAAGUAUCCAAGCGCUGAAGCUGAACAGCUUGCCCUGGAUAAAAGAUACUAUGUCCGCGGUAACUCAGUGCCAAUCGACGUUGAUGUGCAGCACAGAAGUGGAGGGAAGAAAUCUCGGAUCUUCGUGACCAUUCCUAGAUUCGACGAAGGCCGCCCAAUGACGCUAGGCACCGUCGAUGAUGAAGGUUCGAUCUCAGCUUACCCCGACUACUCCUGGCACGAUAACCAAGGGAGCAACUGUGAUGGGAUGACAUCUGUAUUUAGAGUUGCUAUAGAUAAAUGCAACAGACUGUGGGUAAUGGAUGCGGGGAAGAUAGGCGAAAAUCAGGUCUGUCCACCGCAGCUGCUUGCCUUCGACCUGAAUACUGACCAGCUCAUAUACCGGCACAAAAUUAGCGCGUCAAACUAUGUCGCCACGUCAUUGCAUGUCACCCCCGUCGUCGAUGUACGUGGACAAGACCCAAGUGAUUGUUCCGACACUUACGUCUAUGUUGCUGAUGUUACGGGCUUCUUAUUGUUGGUGGUCGACGUGUUGAACAAUCGAUCCUGGAAAGUGGCGCACCGCUUAAUGUACCCAACCCCAGCUCGUGGUUUUUUCACCAUUGCUGGUGAGAGCUUCGAUCUAAUGGACGGAAUAUUAGGCAUGGCUUUGUCGCCAUCCAAACCUGGCCACGAUCGCAUCCUCUACUUCCACUCCUUGGCCUCUAGCACGGAAAACGUUGUCCGUACCAGCGUUCUCAGAAAUGAUUCUUUCAUUUCCAAUCCCAACGCUAAUCCGUAUUCAAUGAAUGUGUUUCCCAAUGAACGUCCAAACCAAGCAGCAGCCGAGGCAAUCGACAGCAAUGGUAUCAUGUAUUUUGGACUAAUGGAGCCACCUGGCAUAUGGUGCUGGAACACAGCUACCGAAUUUUCAACUCGCAACUUCCACCCAAUCGCAAUCAACGAAGAAACUUUCCAAUUUGCAAGUGGAGUGAAAAUAGUUAAGAACCUUAAAAACGAGGAAGAACUUUGGGUUUUGACAUGCAGGUUCCAAAAAGUAAUGACCGGCACUAUUGAUUCAAGUAGCAUUAAUUUCAGAAUACACGCUGAAAAAAUUCCAAUUUUACUAAGCAAAUCUGCUUGUUCAUCGCCUUCAAGAGAUAAUUCAAUUUAUCACGCGGAUAAAUUCUCUUCGGACAUUCCCAAAUACAGCUUCAAAUAUGGGUCCGAAUCAUAUUUGUAGAUAUUCGGGCAUUGCUUUGUCUGACCACUAAUAGUUUUGACUUUUUGUGGUACCUAAUACCUUGCCAUAUAGAAAUAUUUGUUUCUUAUUGAUAAUUGUACUUUAUAAAAUAUUCAAUAUCAUAAU